AUGGAAAGUGGAAGUAAUUUGCCUAGUCCAGGCAAUUAUCCAGGUGGGAAUCGGCAACAAUUUUGUGUAUCAUGGAAUUCUCACCAGUCAAACAUGCACAGUGCUUUUCCAAAGCUAUUGAGCUCAGAACAAUUCGUCGAUGUUACUUUAGCUUGUGAUGGUGGUUCUAUCAAAUGUCAUAAAGUGGUAUUAUCUGCCUGUAGCGAUUAUUUAGAACGCUUAUUGCUAGAAAUACCAUGUACUCAUCCUAUUAUUUUUCUGAGAGAUAUGAGAAUGUGGGAACUUCAAGCAUUGGUCGAAUUUAUGUACCGUGGUGAAGUAUACGUAGAACAACAACAGCUUGCAAAAUUGAUGCAAGCUGCAGAAGUCCUGCAGGUUCGUGGCUUAUCGACUCAGGGAAGUGAUAGCUCUUCAAUCGAGAGUAAUUCACAACAAUGUGAUUCUAAUCCACCUAUCACUCCAUCAACGCCAACUCAACAUGAUGUACCUCAUUUCAAAUCCGAUGACACUCACUCUAACGAUGAAGGCAGCUCAAGCUUUUUGGAGCCUACCUCAGUUGCUGGAUCUAGUACAGGAAAUGUUCCAUCUCAUAAUAAUACUCCAACUUCGCAAAAUCCAAACUCAUCCAAUUUUAUGGAACAUAGUGAAGCAUUACAACAUUUGGAAAAGGCUCUUAGUGCUUGCGAAGCUACUCUAACAGAAACUCAGGGGAUGGUUAAAAUGGAACCAGAUGAACAAUUUUCUCAACAGCAAGAUGUCAAGCCUUAUUCUAUCACUAUGGUACGAAAUAGUAACUGCAAUCCCAGCAGUCCAUUUCCUGCUAUAGAAGGUUAUCAAAGACGGCAAAGACGUUCAGAAGAGGAACUUAAACAAGCUUCAGAUAUGGUUGCACGUGGCAUGACAUUUCAGGUGGCAUCAGAAAAAUAUAAUAUACCUAUCAGUACGAUUCGUUUCUAUAUGGUUAGGAAGGGAAUUUUACAAAGGCGAAAGCGUGGACGUGGUUCCAGCAAUCUUGGAGUAAACAGUCAACCUGAAAGUCCUGCAAGCCCACCAUUUCAUAUGAUAAACUACCGUUUGCCAGACAGCCUAAAUUCCAGCCUACCGUAGUGCUAUACCAAAAGUAGGUUUUGAACAGCUCUUUUCCAUGUAUAUAAAUUCCAUAUGUGAACGUUCGGACACAGCAUUAAGCUAAGCAAGUAUUUUCUCCAUAAGAUACAAAGUUCUUCAAUAGCAAUGCACGAGAUGAACUCAGUGUUUUCCAAAAGACUGAUCGCAUCCGGUUCUUUUCAGUACAAAGCAUCAUAAAAACAUAGUUUUUCUUGCGCAAUUUUAGGAUCAUAAUUUAGGUGACAUCUCAUAUUAAUGUUUGUCACAUUUGUUAAGUAAAGAAACAUUACACAUUUAUAUAUUUUUAAAUGAGCAUAUUUGCACAGUAUAAGGAUGCAGUUAUCAGAGAUCGAAUGUUUUGGAUCAUAAUAAUAAUAUUAAUUGCAAAUAAAUUUAUCCACUAUAUAUUAUAUAGUUAUAUAGUAUAAAUAUUGUUUUGCCCUCGCGCCAUUUCCUUUCUCACAUGUGGUACCUAUUGAAUGCAAUUAACAUAUGUUCGCAAAUAUAUAAACACAGAUGCGAGUGCGCGCGCACACAUAUGAAAUGGUAAAAUAUAGUUUGGUAACCAUUAUCCUCUUGUGCUGUGGUCGAACAUAAUUCAUAUGGUUCCUUUCGGGCCGUGUUCCGUUCUUCUACUUAGUGACCAAUAUGGCCUGCAAAUGUGGAUAGUGUAAAAGAUUUGAUUUCAAGUGCUACUUAUUCAUCAUUUUAAAAGGCAUUAUCAUUAUGAAAUCUUCACAAAAGUUCGGAUAUAUCAAGUGAACAAUAUUUUUUUAAUGACCUCAAAAUGUUUUUGAUACAAUAAGUUUGUAGUUUAAGUUAUUUUUUAUUACAUUAUAUUUAUAUAAUUCAGCAAUAUGCAUCUUAUUAUCUUAAGUCACUAUGGCAUCUGUACACCGCUUAACAUAUACCAGACAUUUAUAUAUAUAUAUAUAUAUAAAUAUAUAUAUAUAUAUAUACACACACACACACAUAUAUGUCAUGUGUAUAUAUAUAUAUGUCAAAUUUUGUCUCAUUGUGUAUGAUUAUGUUUCAAUAAUUUAUAAUAACGGUAAUGAUAAUAAUAAUUAUAAUAAUGAUAAAAAUAAUAAUAUUAAUGAUAUCGAUAAUGAUAGUAAUAACAAAGAAGCUUCUUCACUUUUGUUGGGCACAACAAUAACUUUUAUGAUCUGGUAAAAAGCGAAGUACAAAGAUCAUAAAGUUUUAUCCAUAAGUCACUAUGUUCAAGACUGGUAACACGAGGCGCAUAUAAUCAUCUGAAAUCGUAGACAUUGCAGCUCUUAAUCUAUUAUACAAGUAUUUUUGUAGACAUCUUUAUCAAGGAAAGUUUGUUCUUUCUGCCUGUAUUUUACAUACCUUGAUCAUCUAUAACGAUAAGAGAACCGGUAUUUGUUCAAAGUUUACCAUUUAACUUUGUUAAACAUCACAGGACAUGAGAGAUCAUGACAUAAGUAGUAUAAUGCUUUUUACAUGCUAGUGUACAAAUAACAAUGUUUGUAAUCGUCAAUAAGUAUCCACCAGUUUUCAUAAAAGUGAUGUGGCAUAAUAAUCAUCACUUUUCUAAAUACUGGUUUUGCCUUGUCAAAAAAAUUUUGAUUGUAUAACAACAGCUAAAUGGCGCAUAUAUGACGCAAUCUUACAGUGUAUUGCCUUUGUUAAAUAGCAUUUGGAUAAAGCCAUAUUUUUCCAUGCGAUGCAAUAAUUCAGCAAAGUAAAAUAACAAUAAAUGGAAAACAGCCUAAAAUAGGAAAGAGUGCCAGAUACAUAAAUGGACAUAAACAAUAAGAUGCCAUGAUUAAAAUUUAUCAGCAGUUACAACAUAGUUGCCUGCUUUUCUCCUGCUUUUAUAGAGAAUCGUUUACCUUUUUUGUAUCAGGCAACAUGGAGAAUGUAUGUAUACAAAUAAAUGUAUACAAAUACAUAAGUAGCCUAACUGACAUAAAAAUCAUUGAUAAAUGCCUUAAUUAAUAUACACAAUGUCGUUUUGUUAAGUAAUUAUCGUGUAAUCAAAGUAUUAGAAUAUUAUAGCUGAUUCUGAUUUAUUUCACUUUUAAUGACCGAUUUAGCAUAGUGUAAGAUACAGUAUAGAUUAUAUUUACUAAAUUUCAUCCAACGUUACACAGUUAGAUUCUGCGCUGAUGUGAAGUGUUACAAAAAAAAAAAGAAGAAAAAAAAGAGAUGCGUUAGAACAGAUUGGAGUACGGUGACAUUGAUACAGAUUGAAAACAGAAUUCGCGAAUAUUGCCUGUUAUAGCGUCCAAACGGUUGAAGUAAUAACUUCUUCGUAUGUAGCAUUCUUUCCAAUACCUGUAUCGUGUAAAUCAUUAUUCUAAGAGUUCCAGUUGACAAAGGUUUUAUACAAAUCUAUUAAACCAGUAUUGCAAACCAAUGAAGAAUAAUUAGUUUUCUAAUAACACAGUACGUUUUACGUGAAUUUAGUACAGUGCUUAAGUCAGUAAUGCUCAGCGUAUCUAACAAAUAUUUUUAGUGAAAAUCCGUGUCAUACUCACAUGUAUUAUAACGUCUUAAAGUGUGUAACUAAACAACAAUCAAAGAAGCGUGAACGAUACUUAAUAAUUAUUAUCAUAGCCACUCUUAAGAGUACAUAGGUAGCCAUUUUGAGGCAAAUUAUAUUAUAUUUAAUUAUCCCAUCAUUUGGUCUCCGUUUUAUAGUGGUAUUAUUAUUUGUAGGUAGGUUUUUAUACCUUGAAUCAAUGGAUUUACCUCUCGCUCCUCGAAAUGCAUAUUUUUAAGAUUUUUUUUUUUUUAUAGUUACCGAGACAAAUAUCUAUUGGCAUGAUAGGCAGAGCGAUCGGGAAUUAUUAUUGUUUCCAAGACAACGCUACAUUUUGCGAGAAUUAUUGUUAUGACAACUGUUAUAUAGUCGCACGAUAAUAGUAAGCACAACGUACUCUAUUUUAUUUGUGAACAUGAUUUAGGAUUAAAAAAAAAAAAAGUAAAAGAAAAAAAGAAAAAAAAGGAAACGUACGAUUAAUCUGAGAAAGUUGGAAAAUUUAGAAGAAGAAGAAGAAGAAGAAGAAGAAGAAGAAAACAAAUUCGAUAGGAAGAUAUAAUACAAUUAAUAUUCUAUUAUACUUAGUUUAUAAAUUUGUUAUUAUAAACAAAAUUGAUUAAGACAAAAAUGUAGUAUAAUAAGUUGCACAAAACCACGAUGCGGUUAUUGCGCUUUCGGAUGAACAUCAAUGAGUCUUCGCAUGCCAUUUGGCGUUCUCAAAAUCGGAUUAAUGUCCGAUGUUUUAUACAGGAAUCGUUAUAGAAAAUCAUGGAGUUAUAGAGAAUUUAAUUUUUCGAAUCUAUAUAUAUAUAUAUAUAUGUAUAUAUAUAUAUAUAUAUAUAUAUAUAUAUAUAUAUACAUAUAUAUCUGAUAAGAUUAACGAAUCUAUUAUGAUUAGUUGUGUGAAGAAUCAUGUUUUAUCUAAAAUCUUACGCGGAACGAAUCAUAUACUUCGAUCAUGGGUUUAUCAGAGUCAACGUUUUCAUCGAAUUAUCAGUGAAAAGUUUUUUUGUAUUAGCUCAUACAUAAAUCAUGUAAAAUAAUAUUCCGUUUUGUUGAUUUUCAAUGACAUAUCGUUAAACCUAAAAGACACGUACACUGUGUUUAAAACGCGUGCAAUAUUCAUUGAGAUAUCAUUGAAGGAUCAUUGAAGGAUCAUUGAAGGAUCAUUGAAGGAUCAUUGAAAGAUAAACGUGCGAUCGAUGUAUCAAUACGUAAAAUGAUUUGCGCUUAAUGGAUUUGAAAAGAUCAGGUUGCGCAAAAAAAAAAGAAGAAAAAAAAAAGAAAAGAAAA